UUCCGGUUACUGACGUGUGUGUGUGCGGCGGCCCGGACGGUGACGUGUCGGGAGCUUCUUCACCUCAGCGAGCGGCGGCUGCGAGUCAUUCACAGAAGAGAGAGCGGCGAGAGCGAGACAUCCGGCCCCGAGCUCCCAGCACCUGCACCGCCGCCCCCCCGACACCAUUCUCACAGACUGCCACCACCAUGGGAAUCAAAUUUCUUGAAGUAAUAAAACCCUUCUGUGCAAUAUUGCCAGAAAUUCAAAAGCCAGAAAGAAAGAUUCAAUUCAAAGAAAAAGUAUUAUGGACUGCGAUCACUCUGUUUAUCUUUUUAGUAUGUUGCCAGAUUCCCCUGUUUGGUAUCAUGUCUUCAGACUCUGCAGAUCCCUUCUAUUGGAUGAGAGUGAUAUUGGCGUCCAACAGAGGAACACUGAUGGAACUCGGUAUCUCUCCUAUUGUUACCUCCGGUCUUAUCAUGCAGCUGCUGGCUGGUGCCAAGAUUAUCGAGGUUGGAGACACCCCUAAAGACAGGGCGCUGUUCAAUGGAGCCCAAAAGUUGUUUGGUAUGAUUAUCACCAUCGGUCAAGCCAUUGUGUAUGUCAUGACUGGGAUGUAUGGAGACCCCUCUGAGAUGGGAGCUGGAAUCUGCCUCCUUAUCACUAUUCAGCUUUUCGUUGCUGGGUUGAUCGUCCUUCUCCUUGAUGAACUGCUGCAGAAAGGCUAUGGUCUGGGCUCCGGUAUCUCCCUCUUUAUUGCUACCAACAUCUGUGAGACCAUUGUGUGGAAAGCGUUUAGCCCAACCACGGUUAACACUGGCAGAGGCACUGAGUUUGAGGGAGCCAUUAUUGCCCUGUUUCAUCUGCUCGCCACUCGUACAGAUAAAGUGCGUGCUCUCCGUGAGGCCUUCUACCGCCAGAACCUGCCCAACCUCAUGAACCUUAUUGCAACAAUCUUCGUCUUUGCUGUUGUUAUAUACUUCCAGGGCUUCAGAGUGGAUCUCCCCAUCAAGUCUGCUCGGUAUCGUGGUCAAUAUAACACUUACCCCAUCAAACUCUUCUACACGUCAAACAUCCCGAUCAUCCUGCAGUCUGCUCUCGUCUCCAAUCUUUACGUUAUCUCCCAAAUGCUGUCUGCCCGCUUCAGUGGUAACCUGCUGGUGAAUCUCCUGGGCACCUGGUCUGACACGUCUACCGGAGGCCCUGCGCGUGCUUACCCUGUUGGUGGGCUGUGCUAUUAUCUAUCACCGCCUGAGUCCUUUGGUUCGGUGCUAGACGAUCCGGUACAUGCAGUGAUUUACAUAGUCUUCAUGCUGGGUUCCUGCGCCUUUUUCUCCAAGACAUGGAUAGAGGUGUCUGGCUCCUCCGCUAAGGACGUUGCAAAGCAGCUGAAGGAGCAGCAGAUGGUUAUGAGAGGACACAGGGAGACAUCUAUGGUCCAUGAACUAAACAGGUACAUCCCUACAGCUGCUGCGUUCGGUGGGCUUUGCAUCGGUGCACUCUCGGUUCUUGCAGACUUCCUCGGUGCUAUUGGCUCUGGCACUGGAAUCUUGCUGGCUGUCACCAUUAUAUACCAAUACUUUGAGAUCUUCGUCAAGGAGCAGAGUGAGGUUGGCAGCAUGGGUGCUCUGCUAUUCUAACCCAACAGGAAGACCUCCCACUCACUUUGCUGUGAGUCUAUUCAUUGCGCAAAUUGGAAAGGAAAUUCUAAUGUAUUCCAGGAACUUCAGAUAAUGUUGGACGCGUCAGAGUUGGUAACAUUUUUUUUGCCGACAAUGUCCUCAAAUAUAUAUAUAUUUUUUAUUUUAACCAUAUUUUGCCCAUUUUAUAAAAUCUUGGACAAUGUGUACAUUUUUUCUUUUCUUUAGAAAAUCUUUUUAAUUUUUGUUAAUGAGCAUGUGGCAUCUAUUUAACUCUCCUGGUUGACAGCCUGUUUGGUUAUGGUCACCGCAUCUGCAAGAGGAUGGUGCAGACCAAUGGUUAUUUUUGUUUUGUUUUUCAAUAAAACCGUUAGAAAACCAAUUCUGUCCUCGGCUCUUCCUGCAUGCAAAGUUCACCUUAUUUUUGUAACUUAAGUGAAUACUUUUGUCUCCAGGAGUUGUACCUUGGUGAAAGCUCUGCAAGGAGAGAGGACGGCCCUUCAUGUAUAUUCUGCACAUUUCUUGGACUGAGCAGGGAAUCCUUGCAAAAUUGUUUAUGGUGCCAGACUAUGUACAGUAAAUAACGUAUAAUGGCAGGAGACCCUUCUGGCUAAAGAGUCUGAAUACUCCACACUUCAGAUGUCACUGUAGCAGACACAAUAAAAUGUAAGCUUUU